AACAACACACCAAUAAUAGCGGACAACUUCCGGUUUGUCGACGAGAGAGGGAAGUUCAGAAAGACGUUUUUGUCGUCUCUCCGUUUCUCAGAUUUACAGGAAUGGCUGCACUUUCUGAGAUCCAGAUGAGGUUCUGGAUGGAUAAAGCGGUGCAGUGGGGCCUGGCUACAUCUCCCGCUGCACAGCAGGAUAUAAGCAAACACAUGCGGUCUUUAGUGACCUUCCUCCAGCAGCUUGUACACACACUUCAGACAACGAACUGUACCACUGAGGCCAUGAAGAACUUUCCUUUUGUGGGCCAGUUCCUGGGAAGACUUUGUUGGAACCCAUAUGUUACUGCGGAUGGAGCAGGCAGGAGGCUCCUGCUUCAGUGCAUGUGGCUUCUAUAUAGUGCAGAGCCUCAGAAUUUAGUGGAGCAGCGGGCCAACGAGUGGAUACGGAAUUUGCUGUGCCAUCUAACUUCAGAAGAUGAGUGCAGUAUGGUGCAUGCUCUGGAGAAACAUACUGGCUUCCCACCUCAGCAGUAUUAUUCAGGGAGUCUUAAAAAGAUGGUGGCAUUACUGACCGAGGAGGUCAAUAUUAGUCAUAUCACUUCAGCAGCCUCUUUAGAAAGGUGCAGAUUUGACAGCAUCCAUUCUUUAUCAGUAGCUUGUGUCCCCCUGGUCACAUGUCCUGAGGUAGGACCUCUUAUUGGUGCACUGCUAAAACAUUGUAAUUUGUGUCGCUGUUCUCAUCUCAGUGAAGAGUUCAUAACAGCAGUUAACACAGCCUUGCUCAGUAAGAAUUUGGUGAUGGAGGAUGUCGCCGUGAUGGCUCUGUGGUGUUACAGCCUGUCCAGCUUGGAGCAGGCAGUUCUGCUCCUGCUUGAGCGUGUUCUUUCUGACCCAAAAGCGAUGCAGAAUCUGGAGACAGUUGUCAAUGACUCUUUACUGCCUAAAGCAUCAGCACUGCACUGCCACAUCUUUCUCAUAGUAAAUGAUGUUUUCAGAAAUGCUCUAAUAGCAAUGGAAGAAAAUUUCGCAAUGAGAGGUCUGUUACAAGUUUUCACUCGAUGUUUUCUUCAGACUCAUGCUGCCCAGAGGCCACAGGAAAGACUACCACUAAGAUCAUUUUUUCCUCAUGUACCUCACAACCUGCUCACACCAUUAUUGACGGCACCAUCAGAUGUGCCAAAGCAUGCGUGGUUAGAGCACCUGAGCUGGAUUGGGAAGUUACUAGAGAAAUUCCUUCAAGAGAGAAUCCAGGAGGAGGACAGCGGAAGGGGGCACAGGGCUGUGUUUGAGGUCUGGUUCUUGCUUGUCCAGUGUGGUCAUUGGAUAGAUGUAGCUGCUAAGCUGCUGGUCUCAGUAGGAGUUGAGCAAUCAGAGCCACUGCUCUUCCUCUUGACAUUCUACCACCACCCCACCAACAGAGGGCACCAGAGCACUCAGCACAAUAUGGUGGCAAGGCAGGCAUGGAUUGAUUUGAGGAGCCUCUUCCUAGCCCCCACUCUGUCUGCUGUGAACGAACUGCUCUGCACAAUGUCAGCAAACCUUGUUCUCAGUCUUCUGCUUAACUUUGCCAUAUUUUCUCCAGCAUCACCCAGCAGGGUGACAGAUGUUAUAGAGAUGGUGCUGACUGAUGCUGGUGUGAGGCGCAGUGCCAUGUGUAUGCUCUUCUCUAUGCGUCAGAGACUAAAAGGAGAUGGUGCAGUGAAUGCCAGGCUCAGGAUGCUUGAGGACAGACUCCACACAGCAUAGUGCCUCAGGCUGCACAUGAACACAUGGACUUGCCCAAACGCUGGCAUGUGGUAAGCUGUUUAUUAGGACAAGGAUUCCUGGCAUGGUCUGGUUCCACACUGAAAGCCUGGGCUGUUGAAAAUGACAUUUAUACGCUGAGCACAGCUGCUGGCUUUAUUUUGAAAGUCAGGGACAAUAUGUGAUGACGCAUCAGGCCAAUUAAAAGGAACAGAUACACGUAUACAUAAGGAAAUCAUUGUUGUUGUUUUUUGUUUGUUUGGGUUUUUUUUUUAAAAGGCCUCAAUUCAGGGAAAUGUACAAUUUUAAAUAUGCAUUUUUUGUCAGUUAUAUUUGGAAGCCAUGCUUCUGUUGUAUAGCUAAAUGUGCUUUGUUUUUGCUGUUGAAGUCAGGAGACAUUUAGACAAACCUACCAUUUGAGUUUCUCUGCGAUGAGGGAGCUUACAGGAUCUGAAUCACAUCCUUCUCCAUGUCUGUUGCAGGAAAUGUUCUGAUUGAAUUUGUUUUCUAAUCCAAUCAAAUGACGACAUGUAUUAUCUUAUGAACAUAUGUUGACUAACAAUGCUGAUCUUGCACAUGAACUCAGGACACACCUUGUCUUAAAAAAUAUCACUUCGGAUGUUGUUGU